UGCUAAACGCGCAUUGCGUCUCGUCUCAUCGUCUCUGUUAUAGAUACAAGAAUAAAGUUAAAAAAUAAGAAAUUAUUUACCCAAAUGUUGAAAAACGUUUAAAUCAGAUCGGAAAACAAUUCAACUCUUGACGUUGGACAUAGAGAAUUUUUUUAGUUGUGGUCUGUACUAAAAACGCGACACAGGUUAAAUGCGUUAACGGUACGCAGCAAGUGUCACCCAGAUUUCAAUUCGUUGAAGUGGCGCGUAAUAAUUUAGAAAUAAUAAAAUUGAACUUUUACGCAAAAAAAAAAAAUCAUAAAGUUAAUAUUAGGUUAAAAGUGUGUAUCGAAAAUAUAUAAAAAUUAAUUAUAAACAUAUUUGGAAGUAAAAAAUAAUUGCUUAUGGUUUGCGAUAAUAGUGUUUUGAGAUUCACAAUGCAAAUUAAGAUGGAAGCACAGCCACAACAACAAUUGCAGCAGCAACAUCAACACCAGCAACAACAACAGCAAACCCUGACAAAACAGCAUAUGCCAUUAUUGGAUAAGAUAAAAAGUGAAAAUAAUACCAGCGAACACUUACAGCAGCAACAGCAACAAACCACAAGUGUGCUAGAGGAUCAGCAACAACAACAACAUCAACAAGAAGCAAUACAAUUAUCUAGUCAUCAUGCCCCACAACAAACUGUACCAACAGCUUUAACAACUAUAGUGCAUAGCCAGUCAACAGAUGAUUACAUACCCAUUCCCACUAGAACACAAACCCGUCGCGUACUCACCACCGCAGGAACCUUUGAAGUGAGUGAAACGCGAGAACCAGAUCAACCUGAUUCGCAAUCCGAUUAUAAUCGUCAUCAAUCACCAGCAGAUUACGUACAAAUGGCGCCACGUAAUGAAGAACAACCGCCACCGCCCAACACAGUCUACACCUAUGCCACCAAUGAAAAUGGCCAGCAAAUUAUUUGUACUGAAAGUGCUGACGCCAUUAAGAUAGAGACUAUUGACAAGGACCAAACAGUAAGUGAGGCUCAACAACAACAACAGCAACAACAACAGCAGUUGCAGCAACAGUGUCCAACACCGAAUGGCAACUAUGCGGAUUCAAUAGUUGUUUCAACGGCUGCACUACACCAACAACAUAAUCCACACAAUCCACAUAAUCCCGCCAAUGCGCACCCUUUAGUGCAUAGUACACCGCUGCGUUUCGAUGAUGAUGGACGUUUCAGUAGCAGUAUAAUAGACAAUGGCAAUGGUCCGCCUACUAAUAUAUAUUAUGAUACAGCUGUAGUUGAUGCCACUACACAUCCGAAUGAAACGAAAACAUUCACAGAUCUCGGUAGUACUGGUUAUCUGAAUUAUGCACCCACUUCUUAUGCACUUGGUCAAAGCAAUACUAUUUACAGCGUUGCACCACAGCAAAUUAUAUGCAAAUCGGAUCCUAAUUUAGGUGCAGUACGUCAGACAAGCCAAUUUCAGCCUAUGCAAUUAUUUGAUCCUGUUACAUCGAAUGUGUCGGACCCGUCAUUGUGGGCACCUUCUACCGUGGACUAUCAAAAUGCUGGAUUUAAUAACUAUCAUCACCAGGUGGUCGAAGACUACACAACAGCACCAAGCCAUUGGCCCCCAACAACGUACGAGAUUUCGCUUUCUAGUUCUAUACCAGAAAUUAAAUGCGAGAGCUGUAACGCACCUUACUAUCGUCGAAAUAAUGAACUAGUCUGUCCAUCGGGCUGCAAUACAGUACGCACUCCAGUCCGGAUGCAACCGCGUCAACCAAAACCCAAAGCCACAGCGACUGCCAAUAAUAGAAGAACUGGCGUAACCUGUGCCAAUUGCCAAACGAAUUCAACUACACUUUGGCGAAGAAAUAAUGAUGGAAAUCCGGUCUGUAAUGCCUGUGGCUUGUACUUCAAACUGCACAAUAUGAAUCGCCCGCUUUCUAUGAAAAAGGAUGGCAUACAAAAACGUAAACGAAAACCAAAGAAUACUGGUGGUGGUGCCCUAAGAGCACCUCUUCCUAGUAUGCAAGAAAGUGUUAUGUUGACUAAUGGUACUAUAUAUCCUUCGCAAGUACAACCGUUGGGACUACCAUUGAAUGGUCAACAAACAAUUGUUAACGCCGUUGAACUGCAUGAUAUGUCAGCACGUGGCGUUGCUAUUUCACAAACGGAAGUCGGCUCACUGAACAUGAGCAGACAUCAUAUAACGUCAGAUAGUCAUUCUCCGUAUAAUCCACCUUCUCAAAGUCAAUCGCCACACUUACCCAACUCAACAACACUUAAUAGACAAAUCACACAAACGGUUCCACCAAUUGAUGGUAGCCGCAGUGUCAAUGGCGAGAUUCCAACCAGUGUCAUCACACGUACUGGACUACCCGAGCGGUCUUCGAAUAACUGAACAAUUUUCGACAUAUCUAACAAAAUAGCUGAAUCCGAAUUAUUUGCCAAAAAAUAACUUUAAUUUAGAGCGUUGCCAAAUUGUUUUAACAAAAAAAUUAAUAAUAUUAAAAAAUAUAACAGAACGUUGUGAAAUGAAUACCCAGUACCAUACUAUAGAAUUUAAGACUUGCCAGUUAUAUGUAAAUUUUUAUUUAAUAUAUCUAGAAUUAACGUGAAUGUACUUUUAA